AAUGGCUUGUCUCCAUAAAAAUCCAUAUGAUGCCCCGACCCAUAGUCGGCGAAGGGGUCGAAGGCCGACUUGUGAGCCAAAAUAGCACUAACAAAACCAACACCCCCAUAAUAUAUUCAAACGCUUUUGCUAAGAAUCAUUUUUCAUUGAACUGCGACUGGCGUUUCUAGGUUAUUAUUAUUAUUAUUAAUCAGUGACUGUAGGUUUAACUGGAUAAGAGUUGCUACAGCUCCUCAAAGGAAACAUGCAGCAAGGAGAUGUUGGACCAAUUGAUUUGGACAAGACAACAACGACAUUGGAACCUGAAAAGACGGGUAGUGGGGGUCUUUUUGUUCCGGGGAAGGAGAGAGUAGUUUUUAAACCUUCAGAGCGGAAAUCACUUCUAGGGCUUGAUGCCUUGGCGAUUGCUAAAAGGGGAGGGGCUACUGUAGAGAGUGGAUUUAAAGUUCCAAGGGAGAGACUUGCUUCAGUUGCUUCAUCUUUAGAUGAGGACGAGGAAGCAUUUGCUGCUUCUGGAGUUGAUGAGUUGGGAAGUAGUGCAUCUAAUGUUUCACGUAAUAAUGUACAGAGGAGGUAUCGUGAAUCGUAUGCUAGUGAGACAUCUGUUCCAGGUAGUGCAGUAACCGGUGAACGGGAAGAUGCUGAGACAGUCGUGAGGCCUCACUUGCAUGAGAACACAGAGGUUCCAGCUGCAUCUUCUGGGAGUUUACGUUCUACGAUAUCCAGGGGCGAGUCAGUUGACCGUGAAAGAGAUAGAAGUAAAUACAGGGAUGAUUACAGAAGUGAAAGCAGGGAAGGGAGAAGGAGAGAGAGAAGAACCAGCAGGGAAGAGCACCAUUACAGGGAUUCAUCACGUGGUUAUGAAAGAGAAUAUGAUGGGGAUGACGGAAGAAAAAGAAGUAGAUAUGAAGGUCCUAGGAGAACUCCUGGAAGAUCGGAAUGGGAUGAUGGUAGAUGGGAGUGGCAAGAUACCCCUCGUCGUGAUAGUCGUUCCGGUAGUAGUAGCAGGCGUUAUGAGCCUUCACCAUCCCCAAAGUUCCUUGGUGCUUCACCUGAUUCUCGACUUGUAUCCCCAUGGCUCGGGGAUCACACUCCUCAUUCUGCUGGAGCUGCUUCUCCGUGGGACAGUGUUGCCCCUUCUCCAACUCCAAUAAGGGCAUCUGGGUCAUCAGUAAGAUCUUCAAGUUCUAGAUAUGGUGCAAAAUCCAGUUUGAUUAUGUCUUCGACAGGAAGUUCUCUGUCUGAGGAUGGCGGAGGUGACACAAAUGGUGCCUCUGAAGAAGAUCAAUAUCAAGAUAUUACUGAAAGUAUGCGUUUAGAGAUGGAGUAUAAUUCUGAUCGUGCCUGGUAUGACCGCGAAGAAGGUAGUACAGUGUUUGAGGGGGAUGGUUCAUCAGCAUUUCUUGGGGAUGAGGCAUCUUUCCAGAAGAAAGAGGUGGAAUUGGCCAAAAAACUGGUUCGUAAAGAUGGAAGCAAGAUGUCACUUGCUCAAAGUAAAAGGUUAUCACAGCUCACUGCAGACAAUGCUCAAUGGGAGGAUCGCCAGCUUUUGAGAUCUGGAGCUGUUAGAGGAACUGAGGUGCAGACAGAAUUUGAUGAUGAGGACGAACGGAAGGUUAUUCUUCUUGUUCACGAUACAAAGCCCCCCUUUUUGGAUGGGAGAAUUGUUUUCACCAAGCAAGCUGAGCCGAUAAUGCCAAUAAAGGACCCAACAUCAGAUAUGGCCAUAAUUUCACGCAAAGGUUCAGCUCUAGUUCGGGAAAUACGUGAAAAACAAAACAUGCACAAGUCUCGCCAAAGAUUUUGGGAGCUAGCUGGCUCAAAACUCGGAGAUAUUCUUGGUGUGGAGAAGACUGCAGAGCAGGUUGAUGCGGAUACUGCUGUAGUGGGUGAGGAUGGUGAGGUUGAUUUUAAGGGAGAAGCUACAUUCUCACAGCACUUCAAGAAAGGGGAAGCUGUCAGUGAUUUUGCAAAAUCAAAAACACUUUCACAGCAAAGGCAGUAUCUUCCCAUCUUCUCUAUCCGAGAUGAGUUAUUGCAGGUGGUUCGCGAAAACCAAGUGGUGGUCGUUGUUGGAGAAACUGGUUCUGGAAAGACAACACAGCUAACCCAGUACCUUCAUGAAGAUGGCUAUACAGAUAAUGGGAUCGUUGGUUGCACCCAACCCAGGCGUGUGGCAGCCAUGAGUGUUGCAAAAAGAGUCAGUGAAGAAAUGGAAACCGAGCUUGGUGAUAAAGUUGGAUAUGCCAUUCGUUUUGAAGAUGUCACUGGGCCAAGUACUGUUAUCAAGUACAUGACUGAUGGUGUUCUUCUAAGGGAAACACUCAAAGAUGCGGAUCUUGAAAAAUAUCGUGUAAUUGUAAUGGACGAGGCCCAUGAAAGAUCACUUAACACUGAUGUCCUUUUUGGCAUUCUUAAGAAAGUUGUGGCCAGGCGACGUGAUUUUAAGCUUAUUGUCACUUCUGCCACUCUGAAUGCGCAGAAAUUCUCCAACUUCUUUGGGAGCGUCCCAAUAUUUCACAUACCUGGAAGAACCUUUCCAGUUACAAAACUGUAUAGUAAAACUCCAUGCGAAGAUUAUGUCGAAGCUGCAGUUAAGCAAGCAAUGACCAUCCAUAUUACUAGUGCACCAGGUGAUAUACUCAUCUUCAUGACUGGUCAGGAUGAGAUUGAAGCUACCUGUUAUGCACUUUCAGAGCGCAUGGAACAGCUUACCUCGUCAACAAAGCAAGCAGUGCCCAAUCUAUUAAUACUUCCUAUAUACUCCCAACUUCCCGCUGAUUUGCAAGCAAAAAUAUUCCAGAAAGCUGAAGACGGGGCUCGAAAAUGCAUUGUUGCGACUAAUAUUGCUGAAACAUCCUUGACUGUCGAUGGAAUUUACUAUGUCAUUGAUACAGGCUAUGGUAAAAUGAAGGUGUACAAUCCUCGUAUGGGUAUGGAUGCUCUGCAAGUGUUCCCCAUUAGUCGAGCUGCAGCUGACCAGCGUGCUGGUCGAGCUGGUAGAACUGGCCCAGGGACUUGUUACCGGCUUUAUACUGAGAAUGCGUAUGAGAAUGAAAUGCUGCAAAGCCCCGUGCCGGAGAUUCAACGGACAAAUCUUGGGAAUGUGGUUUUGCUGCUCAAGUCUCUCAAAAUUCAGAACCUGUUGGAUUUUGAUUUUAUGGACCCACCUCCUCAGGAUAACAUCCUUAACUCCAUGUAUCAGUUGUGGGUAUUAGGUGCACUUAACAAUGUUGGGGAUUUAACAGCCCUUGGCUGGAAAAUGGUGGAGUUCCCGUUGGAUCCUCCCCUCGCCAAAAUGCUCUUGAUGGGAGAACAACUAGAUUGCUUAAAUGAGGUUCUGACUAUUGUUUCUAUGCUUUCAGUGCCUUCAGUUUUCUUUAGACCCAAGGAUAGGGCAGAGGAAAGUGAUGCUGCUAGGGAAAAGUUUUUUGUGCCAGAAUCUGAUCACCUUACACUGCUUAAUGUUUACCAGCAAUGGAAAGCUAAUCAAUACAGGGGGGACUGGUGUAAUGACCACUAUUUACAGGUCAAAGGUCUACGCAAGGCUAGGGAAGUAAGGUCUCAAUUGCUGGAUAUCCUGAAGACACUUAAAAUACCGCUCACCUCCUGUGGUCCUGAUUGGGAUGUUGUAAGGAAAGCCAUCUGCUCUGCCUACUUCCAUAAUGCAGCUAGACUGAAGGGAGUUGGGGAAUAUGUUAAUUGCAGGACUGGAAUGCCUUGUCACCUGCAUCCCACCAGUGCUCUCUAUGGAUUGGGUUACACUCCUGAUAACGUGGUUUAUCAUGAGCUAAUCUUGACAUCAAAAGAGUACAUGCAGUGUGUGACAGCUGUGGAGCCUCACUGGUUGGCUGAGCUGGGGCCAAUGUUCUUCUCCGUGAAAGAUUCUGAUACAUCAAUGCUGGAACAUAAAAAGAAACAGAAAGAGGAGAAAACUGCCAUGGAGGAAGAAAUGGAGAAGUUGAGGAUGGUCCGGGCUGAAGCUGAGAGACGAAACAAGGAGAAGGAGAAGGAAAAGAGAGCAAAAGAGCUGCAACAGGUUUCAAUGCCUGGUUUGAAGAAAGGGUCAACUACUUAUUUACGACCUAAGAGGCUGGGUCUGUAAAUACACUUUUGCUGUAGUUGUUAGAUAUCUGGUGUGAUGAUUCUUGCCCACCUGUGAAAGCCACGCAUAUCCAUUUCUUAGUCAUCCUCAAAUUAAUUUGGUGCAUGGAGAUUUGGGGAAUUAGAAAAUCCAAAUGAAGGUUGAGUAAACAAAUGUUUGUACAAGUUCCUUCAUUUAGCAAUUAUCUGUACUCCUUGUAACCCCGAAUUGACAUGCUUGUAUAAGUUUCUCCAUAUAGCAAUUAUCUGUACUCCUUUUAACCCUAAAUUUGACAUACUUGUAUAAGUUUCUUCAUAUGGAAAGUAUGUUUGCUCCUUUUGACCUUUGAA